AUGAAGCUUUAUCAGCUAGGUGCAUUACUUUUCUACCAUGCUUCCCUUACAGAAGCAUCUACAAGCCCUUCCGGCAACCUCCUUGUCGAUGUGGCUCCCGAUUACCCUCGGCCAUACGUAUUACCCAAAUUCAAGGGUCGCGCAAUCAAAUUGACAAAGUCGGAUAUUGUCCGUUUCGCCAUCACAACAAAUUCAUCCGAUGGAGCAUUCUCCAUGGUCCAGCACAACGGGAAAACUUCUGGAUGGACGGUGGCGCGACCUCACACCCACGAGCGAACGCAUGAACACUUCUACUGCUCACGCGGCCGAGCCGAAUUAUGGGCACAAAAAAAUGCCACAGGCGCCAACCAUGAGGCACGGGUUGCUAGCCUGGGUGACUAUGGGAGCGCACCCCCUGGAACCAUCCAUACAUUUCAGCUCAUCGACCCCGAUACUCAGCUGAAUCACAUCUUCCACCCCGGCGGUUUCGAGAAACUGUUUGCAGAAUUCAGCAUUGGGGAAUACAACUCUGCUGUUGGAUCCCCAUAUGUCCCGAUACCAGAUGACCCAGAACCGUUUGGCCCUCUCACCCCUGAAAUAGACGCACAGCUUCGGAGUUUGGACUUGAUCGCCGCACCGGCCGAAGAAUACAUUCCAAGACGGGAUAUGAUUAACGGAACGGCAGGCGACGCAGGUUUGAACUGGCAUGAUGGGCUGAAUACUCUUCCGGAUGAUCCCACCGAGCCAUAUUUCGUCGCGAACAAUUACGGUCCUAUUUACCUUAAUGCCGAGAUCGGCUACAAGGUCAUCCAGCCCCUGGUCACUCCCACGCAGACGGAUGGGAACUUCACUCUCGGCACAAUCAUCAUGUCUCCCAAACUGGAAAACGAAACAAAAAACACUGUGACUCUGCCCCAUCAUUUCGCUUUGGAGCUUCAAGAAGGUCAACUUGUGCUCUCCGUUGAUGGCUACGACACUGCAAGUUUGCUCCCGGGAGAUGUGGCUUUCGUUCCUGCAAAUAUCACGUUUUCGUACUUCGCGACAGUACCCUUUACCAAAUUUCUUUACAUGAACGGCGGAGGAAAGGGCCUGGACCAUCAUCUCCUGAAUAACAGCAUACCUUGGGGCUUUCCGGCGUAUCCCACUUACGCUGGCUUUACACCAGGACAGUAG